ACUUUUUGGUGUUUAUGUUGUCUAAAGGAAUGUCCUAAAAGCCACGCCCCAAACACAACUGUUUCCCUGUAAGUCUAACACACCGACAGAUGUGGGCGCUCCGUCGUUGGAAAGCGACAGCAGAAGAGUUGCGGACCCGCAGAUAACCAGCACAGAGAGGAACCUUUGCCGCUUGGCUACAAUAUUUUUGUAAAGGACACAGAAGGAUUUCUUUUCUCAUCAUGAACACAUCAAACAUCACUAACGUGACAACAGAAGACCGGGUUUAUGCUGGGAUCUUUAGCUUAAUUAUGGUGAUAGGUCUGCCUCUCAAUGCGAUCUCACUGUGGAUUCUUCUUCGCCGCCACAGCCUCAAAUCACCCAACGCUGUUUUCAUGGUUAACCUGGCACUCUCAGACCUGCUGCUGGUCUUCACUUUGCCCAUGAGGAUCCACUUUCACGCCACAGGGGAAUGGACUCUGCCCAAUGGGAUGUGCCUCAUCAUCACAAUGUUCUUUCGCACCAACAUCCGCUCCAGCUCCUCCUUCAUCACCUUCAUAAGCGUGGACCGAAUGCUGGCUGUGGUUUAUCCUCUGAGGUCUCGCAAUCUUCGGACGUCGUGCAAUGCCUGGAAGGCUUCUGUACUCGUCUGGGUGAUUUUGCUGUUGAUGAAUAUCCUAGAGAGUGUGGACUUUCUAAAGCAGUUGAAUAACCACACUCACCCUACUUGCUUUGAGUCUUACGAAUCUGAAAAAUGUCCUUUGGAAGGAAUCCGAUUAAGAGUUAUUCAGUUUAUGAUUGUAAUAUUGGUCACAAUGCUGUUAGUUAACAUUGUGUGCACCACUAUGGUGUUUAGGACUCUACACAGACAUCUCAGUGGUGACUCUCCAAAAAUCAACAACAAGAUGAAUGUAAUGCUGAUUUUUGCCAUAAACUUGAUUUUAUAUGCUAUAUUCUUACCUGUGCCUAUAACUAUGGCUAUGGAUUGUGCCCAUGUCAAGCCAUUGAUAUGUCUUACUGUUUUAAACUGCUGUCUGGAUCCUCUGUUGUAUUACUUCUCUUUUGAUGCUUUCUGGAAGAAAAAAGAAGAUGUUGUGUAAAUGUAAAUAAAUGGGGAUACCGCAAUCUGUGUCACACACUACUCAGGCCUUUUACUU